AUGCCGAUUGAAAACUUGGAAGACGAUGGACUGGAGAAGAACCCGAAUUUCGAAUUAGCCCAGACUAAAUUUUUGUUGAGUUUAGAGGAGCACAAAAAUGACGAGAAUUUGAAGUCUAAGUUGAUGAAUGCUAUUAAAGCUGACAACAUGGCACCUUUUUACGAAGAAGUUUGUCGUGAUCUUGAAUGGCCAGUAGACACCGCACUUAUGGAAAAAAUGCGCGCUUGCAAUCGCGAGCAAUUAAAAGUUCUGGAUGAUGCUAUUGAGGAUGCUGAGCAAAAUCUUGGUGAGAUGGAAGUACGCGAAGCUAAUCUCAAAAAGUCCGAGCACUUGUGUCGUAUCGGUGACAAAGAAGGAUCUAUAUCAGCAUUUAGGAAGACUUAUGAAAAAACAGUUUCGCUUGGUCACAGACUUGAUAUUGUCUUCCACAACAUUAGAAUAGGGUUGUUUUACAUGGAUCAUGAUCAUAUCACCCGAAACAUUGAUAAGGCAAAGACUUUGAUAGACGAAGGAGGUGAUUGGGACAGACGUAACCGCCUGAAAGUCUACCAAGGAACGUACUGUAUAGCAGUUCGUGAUUUCAAGGAAGCUGCAAAUUUUUUCCUCGAUACCAUCAGUACAUUUACUAGCUAUGAACUCAUGGAUUACAAUACGUUUGUUCGGUACACGGUGUACUUGUCGAUGAUUAGUCUACCGAGAAAUGAAUUGAGAGAUAAAAUAAUUAAAGGUUCUGAAAUAUUGGAAGUGUUACACAAUAAUCAGGAUUGUAAAGAGUUCCUUUUCUCUUUAUACAAUUGUCAUUAUGCUGAUUUCUUCAAAAAUCUGGCUCAGGUUGAAGGAUUAUUACGACGAGACUACUUAAUUCACCCUCACUAUCGUUACUACGUGCGAGAAAUGCGUAUCUUAGCAUACACUCAGCUCUUGGAAUCAUACAGAUCAUUAACACUGCAAUACAUGGCUGAGGCAUUUGGUGUCACAGUCGAUUAUGUUGACUUAGAGUUGUCACGCUACAUCGCUGCAGGAAGAUUACACUGCAAAGUCGACCGUGUUGGCGGGGUCGUCGAAACUAACCGGCCAGACAGCAAAAAUUGGCAGUAUCAAGCAAUGGUGAAACAAGGGGACUUACUUCUCAAUAGAGUCCAAAAAUUAUCCCGUGUAAUUAACAUUUAA